AUGCAUUUUAUACAUGCUCCAAGUUCACCUAAUAACUUUUCCACACAUCGUAAUUCUUGUAUAUCAUUAUCUAAAUGUGCAAUAGUCAAUACUAUUUCCAAGUGCUCGUUCUUGGAACGACAGGCUUCUUGGCAAUUCUCUUAUUACAUUCGUACGUCUAAAGAAUUAGAAAAAGACGAGUUAAUCGCAGUUGUCACAGAUAUUCACGAACCCCGUAAAAUGCUCCUUAGUUGA